AUGAAGUUAUCAAUAUUACUUGCUUUGAUACCAUCAAUCCAAUCGUUCCCAAUCUUCGACAACCAAAUCCAAUUGUUUGGAGGUGAACCUGAUAGAGUCAUCAAGGUCGGCCCAAAGGAGUAUAAAUUAGUAAAUGAAGAACAAAAAUUAACUUUGAAGAGAAACAACAUUAAGUUCAUUGAUGUCACCAAUUCCAUUAACGUCAAACAAGCUUUUGAAGAAGGAUUAUUAGAAAAUGUUCCAACUGGUUUUAAUAUCCAACUGUUAGGAAGCAAGUUCUUGAGUGAUAUUGCUCCACCUAAGAAUUAUACUUAUCCUGAAACCAUCAGUUACAAGUCAGAUGUUAAGGACUUCAUUAGUAAGAUUGAUACCGAUAAGAUGUAUGAAAACUUGAGUAAAUUCACUUCUUUUUACACUAGGUACUAUAAGUCCGAAACUGGUUACGAAAGUGCUCAAUGGUUAGAAGGUAAAUUAGAAGAAAUCAUUGCCCCAGUCAAAGAUGUCGUCAAUUUGUCCAGAGUUAAUCACGAGGGUUGGGAUCAAUUCUCCAUCAUUGCUAGUAUUCCAGGGAAAGUUGACUCCAAAGUAAUAGUUGGUGCUCACCAAGACUCUGUAAAUUUAUUAUUCCCAAGUUUAAUGAGAUCUCCUGGUGCUGAUGAUGAUGGUUCCGGUACUGUUACUAUUUUAGAAGCAUUCAGAAUCUUGAUGGAUUCUUAUGUCAAAGGUGAUUUCAAACCUCACCACACUUUAGAGUUCCACUUUUACUCUGCUGAAGAAGGUGGAUUAUUAGGUUCUUUCGACGUAUACCAAAAAUACUACCAACAAAAGGAGACCGUAGUUGGUUUAUUACAACAAGACAUGACAGGUUACACUGGGAAUAUGAAAGAAGGAGAAAUUCAUAUGGGUUUAAUUACUGAUUAUACUUCAUCAGGAUUGAAUGAUUUCAUCAGAGUUAUCGUUGAUAAUUAUUGUUCAAUUCCAUAUCACGAAACUUCAUGUGGUUAUGCAUGCUCCGAUCAUGCUAGUGCUAUUGAACAUGGAUUCCCUGCAAGUUUCGUUAUAGAAUCCGAAUUUGCUUACUCCAGUAAAUUCAUUCACAGUGUUUAUGAUACCAUUGAUAGAAUUGAUUGGGAUCAUGUUAAGGAACACACCAAAUUAACCUUAGGGUUCGCUUAUGAAUUAAGUAUGGCCAAAGUUGAUACCGAUAUUUGA